AUGACCCUUUAUGCUAAUAAUAAAGGCGCAUUUGAUCAACUUCAUAAUAUGUGUACUUUUGACAUGAAAUUAUUAACAAAUGAUAAAAAAACAGCAUCAGAAGUUGCCAUUGAACAAAAUCAUACAAGAUUUGCUACUUAUUUAGAAUCAUUAUCACCAGAAAUGCGUGCUAUACGUGAACAACAUGACAAAGAGAAAGAAAAACGUAAUCAAGCAAGCAUAAAACAUGAUGAACAAAUUGAAAAAUAUAUUCUGACAACAGCUGGUAAUAAUAUGUUAGAUUGUUUUACAUGUCCAUUAACAAAAGAAAUAUUUCAUGAUCCUGUUGUUUUAUCUGAUGGUUUUACAUAUGAAAGAUCAGCAAUACAAAAAUGGCUUGAUUUAGGUAACCGACGUUCACCAAUGACAAAUAUUGAAUUAACUAAUAUUGUACUUGUACCUAAUAUGGUGAUCAAACAGGCAUUAAAUGAACUUUAUGAAAAACAAAAAAAAUAA